AUGGCGUCUAACCAGCAGGGCGCGUCCACGGCACCGUCGCGGCAGGCGAUCGAGGACUGGCUUGAGCGCAUUGACGACAUCACGGCGUCGGUGGAAGAAAUACUCCGCGAGGACCCGAUGGAGGCCGCGCGUAGGCGGCAGGAGCGGGAGGCCCAGCGCCGUCAGACGGAACUGGACGCGAGACGUGAGAAGGUGAGGAUGCGGUAUGACCCGCGGUACUACGCCCGGUUUGAAAACGACGAGGUCAUCGAUCAGCUGCUAAGGGAGGCGGAGGGCGGGCGCAGGCGAGCAGCGGCGGCGGGGGACGAGUCCUGCUACACCCGCGCCGAGCGGGUCUCGCUGGAGGAGGCCCUGCGACUGAAGGACGAUGCCGCAAAGGCCGUACGGGCGUCCGAAUGGGCGCGGGCGUGCGAGCUCUACACCACGGCCAUCCGCCUCAAUGUGGUGGACACGGCACUGCAGCGCACGCUCCGCAACAACCGCGCCCUUGUGCAGUUGAAGCUCAAGCGCUACCUUGAUGCCGUCGAUGACGCAAGUUGCGUGCUGAGGGAAGAGCCAACGAAUGUGAAGGCGCUGCUGCGAAGGGCAGCAGCACUUAGACACCUGCACCGCCCCCUAGAUGCACUGAGGGAUGUCGGGGAGGCACUGAGGCGGGAUCCCGCGAGCCAGGAGGCGGGGGAGCUUGCACACUGGCUGCGACGGGCGAAGAGGGAGCAAGGCAUCUGUGCCGUUUUUCAGCACCGCCAGCCCGAAGAGGCAAAGUGCUUGUCCAAUGCGGUAAACGCGUUAACGGCAGCUGUGACGGGUUUGCGUGAGUCUAGUGGUACGGAGCCCACCGAGGCGAUGCUGGAGGACACCGAUGGCGAAGGCGGCCCUGGAGAAACGGCAUGGUAUCGCGCAGUGGAAAGUGUGCGUCGGUGCCUUGGAGUGGUGCAGUCGUUUCAUCGAGGGGCCGCGAUGCUGUUCGUCCUGCACGAGGGUUUGAAUCCGUUGAUCGAACUGGUUUGCAUGACCCUCGCCAGGGGUUGCCAGGGACUCGUCAGGGACGCCAGCGCGGGGACUCCGGAGCAGCUGUCGGCACACGGGAUGGUAUUCUGCGUCGCCGCUCGCCUUUUGUCUCUUGUUUUGCUGGGCAGCGAGACGGGCGUUGAGGGGCUGGAGCCCGCCACUGUGGCGGACCUCGUGCGGAAUGUGACGGAUGUGUUGUCUGCCGCACUUCGGCACGAAGCACAAGGCACCGCAGGAGGCGCCACACUAAAGCUGACGGUUGCCAUCCUGCAGCUGUUGGAGGGGCUGGCCACGCGUUACCCCGUCGUGGUGCAUGGCCACUGCGCGCCCGCGCUGAUGACGAUGUGGGCGGUGAUGCGGAAAAGGCAGCCGGCUCCACAGCUGCUCUUUUUUUACUGCGGCAUACUCGAGGCGCUCCUCAGGGAGGCGUCCGUGUGUGCGGCGGUGACGAAGGACUUGGAUGAAAUUCUGCCGCAGGUGACUGAGGUGGCGAUAGCGGCGGACCCAGAGCCGCUCAAGGAGGCUGGCCUUUCCUUGGCUGUGCGCGCCACCUGCGUCAGCGACGCGUGCGCAAAGGCGAUGGGCUCACUGGACUCCACGCGCGCCCUGGCAACGGCGCUGCCGCCGCUCCAGCGGGGACGCCGCGCCGCACCUCCUUCCCCGCGCGUGGAGGAGGGGGUCUACGCCGUGGUGUACAACGUUCUGCUGCGGGCCGAAUCCCGCCCUCAGUACGUGGCCCAGUGGGCCGCCGUAACCGACCCGAGCGGCAACGGUGAUUCCUCCUUUGCUCUUCGUGCAUGGCUUGCGCUACGCGAGCAGGUGUCGGCCGGUGGGAGCUCCGCCGAGCACCUCUCCGUAAAUGCGAAGAAGUUGGCUGUUCUGGCAAGGUUCUCACCCCACGACAAGCUCCUUCGCGACGCCAUGCUGGAGGGAGAGGCGACACUAUGGACGGCGCUCAACCUCGCGCUUUCGUCACUCAGCUCUCGCGAUGCCGCAGCUCUGGCCGCGGCCGACGGUGAAGCGGGGGCAACUGCAGCAGAGGAUGAAGAGCCGGUGAAGGCUGCUGCGGCCGCUGCGUGGGAGCUUGUGGAGCAUGCAUCGACGUGCAUCGCCACCUUUUACUCACAAAGCCUUCUUUCAAGGGAUCAGGGCCUCGCGGCGGCGGACCGGAUUGCCAUUUUGAUGCAUAUUGUUCGUCGCGCUGGUGUCCAGCACCUGGUCGCGCUUGGCAACGCGGCGUUGAUAGCGUCAUUUGUGCCUUCUGCAAGCUGCUGCCACUUUGCCGCAGUGGGCGGUGUGGACUUGCUGCUGCAGGGCUUGCGAAGUGUGCGCGCGCAUCUGUGCGACCUGGAGCACGAUGGCAAGAGGGGCUCUGCGUCAUGGAUUCACGGCACAGCCGCUCAGAAGAACCUUGCGAUUGCACUCUCGCGCUGCUGCGUGGUGGAGGCUCAGCGGGAUCGGCUGCGGGAGUUGAGGGGAUUUGAGACGCUCCACGCCAUUCUUGAGGCCCAGCUUGCGUGA